CCAGGCUUGGGGGGCACCGAGCAGAGCCCGGGAGGAACUGGGGUCCUCGCAAAGGCUAGAGGGUUGGGAGUGAGGAACUUGGCACCGAAGCCUCGGAACUUGAGCCCAGGAGCCUUGAUUUAGAAAUGUCCUCGGUGCGGUGGGCGCUUCCGGAGGCCCCAGGCUGUGAGCAGCGGAGGAACGUAAAUAGGCUGCACCGGGCGGCGUGGCCGAGUGGGCAUUUCCCCUCCGCCCCCCGCGCUCAGCUGGGAAGAGGUCAGCCUGGCUGGGAAGGGAGAGGACGGAGGGGAAGGAGUUGCCUUUGGGGGCGCAGCCAGCGAGACAGGCGGUCCUGUUAGAAAGAGAAACUCCAGAUCUUCAUGGAUGAAUUUAUUUCAAUAUGUGUGCCCGCUGCGGAGCUGGGCCUGGGAGACGGCAGCGUGUGACAUGGCCACAGGCGCGGGGAGGGGGACGAACACACCGAGCAGCGAGAAAGAUGGGAGCCCGCGGAGCUCUGGCCCUGCUCCUGCUCUGCGCGGCCGCCGCGGGGGCCUCCGAGAACUCCAGCACGUCCCGGGGCUGCGGGCUGGACCUCCUCCCGCAGUACGUGUCCCUGUGCGACCUGGACUCCGUCUGGGGCAUCGUGGUGGAGGCGGCGGCCGGCGCUGGCGCCCUGAUCACGCUGCUCCUGAUGCUCAUCCUGCUGGUGCGGCUGCCCUUCAUCACGGAGCAGGAGAAGCGGGACCCCGUGGGCCUGCACUUCCUCUUCCUGCUGGGCACGCUGGGCCUGUUCGGGCUGUCCUUCGCCUUCAUCAUCCGCGAG